AUCUCGAUGCCAUUCACUACCAAACAACUUGGGACUUGACACUAGGCAACACCACUGUAGACAUCCAUCGCAAGGGGAAUCAAAUAGCCAUGACCAGUCCAACCAAGGAGAUGAAGUUGCUACCAGAAGGCGUUAUAAUCCCAGGGGUCCAACUAGCCUGCCUGAGCUUUGUAAAAGAAAGAAAUACGGUGAUAGUAACCCUGUAAUACUUGUUAAUUCCCAGCAGAAAUUUGUGGGUUUGUGUCAUCGUGAGUUUAGCUUGUUUAUUGGUAUGUGGGCAAGGCAGUGGGAGAACUUCCCCCUCCUUACAGCGCGUUACUUCAAAGACGUGCCUGAAGAGAAUGUUCAGAGGGUAGUUACGCUUGUGAGGGAUCACUUCAAACUUGUGCCUGAUGAUGCCUUAACGGAAAAAUUGUUAGAUAAAAUGAGGAUUUUAUACAAUGGAUACAGCUCAGGAUUGAGUGCACAUUACAGGGUAGAAUGUAGCAAUGAUUAUGACAAGGCACUGGCGAACCCGCCCAAGAACUGCACUAACAUGGAGGACUGGAAAGCUAUGUGCGCCGUGUUCGAUAAUGAGGAAUUUCAGACUAAAUCCGAUCAAGCAAGCAGAGCCAGAAAGAGUCAAGUCCUGAAGCAUUCUAAUGGCCCGACGAGUUUUUCCCAGUCAAUGCAUAGCAGGGGAAAAAUGAAAGCAAUGAAAGAGCAAGUGGAAAGAGGAGAACUUGACAUGUCAUUGGAAGACAUAUAUCACGCAAACAUUCCUUCGUCGAGUUCUGGCAAAAAAAGGCGUCGUGGUAAGGACAGUUCUGUGUGCUAUUAUUCAAAAACUGAGGAACAACUGGCUGAAAUGCAUGAAAAGCUGGAUGCAGCCAACUCUGAAAGAUCAAGACAAGCAAUGGAGAUUAAACAAUUGAAGAAACAGUCUAAAAACGAAGGUACUAAAGUGAUGCAGCUCUUAAACCAGGUAUUUGUGAGUUUGGGUCGCGAGCCCUUGCCAGAAGAUGCACUAGAUGAGGAAGAGGAAGGUGUUUAUGAAGAUGUGGACAGGGAAUAUGCUGAUGAGGAACUUGUGAAUGAGGAAGGUGGGGAUGGUAACAUAUAUCACGCAAACAUUCCUUCGUCGAGUUCUGGCAAAAAAAGGCGUCGUGGUAAGGACAGUUCUGUGUGCUAUUAUUCAAAAACUGAGGAACAACUGGCUGAAAUGCAUGAAAAGCUGGAUGCAGCCAACUCUGAAAGAUCAAGACAAGCAAUGGAGAUUAAACAAUUGAAGAAACAGUCUAAAAACGAAGGUACUAAAGUGAUGCAGCUCUUAAACCAGGUAUUUGUGAGUUUGGGUCGCGAGCCCUUGCCAGAAGAUGCACUAGAUGAGGAAGAGGAAGGUGUUUAUGAAGAUGUGGACAGGGAAUAUGCUGAUGAGGAACUUGUGAAUGAGGAAGGUGGGGAUGGUAACAUGGAGGAUAAUGGGUGUACAUGGAGGAGGAUCAACUUUUUGAUUGACCAGCUCGUGGAUGUCAGUGUAAGUUUACUACUCACUUAACUACUCACUUAAUCGUUCUUGUUUUCAUAUGAAUGUGGUUGACAAAAUACAUUAUCAAGCAUAGAACUUACGGUUAGGGAUUGAAGUUUUUUUGGGAUAUAAAGUAUAUAUGUAGGAGUCAUAUAUCAUAUUUUGGAAUGAAGUCUUGAUGUAAAGUCUACAUUAACACAAGGCUAGCUAAAUGCGCUGAAAGCACCUGAAGUCCUCUUUUUUUACCA